CAAGGUAAACUGAAGCAUAGUGCACCGGGUGUUUGACUGACAAAGGGCUACGCGUUUAAAAUCGUGUUUCUUCCACAAAAGUCGCGCACAAUUCAAAGCGAUAUAAUAAUUUGUUGAUAAAAGUGAAGAGCGCAAGAAUCAGUCUAAUGAUCUCUAAUCUCUAUUAAUCGAUCAAUCGUAAAAGCUUAUUUUUUAUUCUUUAUUUAAAAAAUAUUUGGUUUACGCUUUCUGCGAUAUUCGAAGAAAUUACAGAGACCGUGUAUCUUUUUUUUAUUUCGAUGGCCCACAUCUAUAUUAAUCAUUAAGUUUGUGUAUUUACUGGUCAUUUUAUCUGAUCUGUCGAUCAUCGAAGACGCGCAAGAAGAUUAACACGUACUUGGACGUAUUUUGUAAAUCAUAUCUGUCAAAUUAACAAAUUAAUAUUUUCAGUGCGCAUUGUCAUUGACUUUGUGACGAGAAAUUAUAGAACAAUAUAUGUGAUAUCAUGAACAUACCGGUGAAAGCUAAAUUCAGUGAAGUGUUUGUGAUAAAGAACAAUUCGAUAACUACAAAACGAUCCGUUUGUUUGUCGCGAUAAUCAUAAAUGUUCAAGACUUCGAAAAUUAAAAUUAAUUUAAAAGUGUCUUACAGUUGAUCAGAUGUUUUAGAACUCAGUAAAUUUAAUUCGUCCAAAUAAUUAGAAUGAAAUCUUGAACAUUCAUCUUUUAACCUUGUAAAUAAACAUUUUAAAUUGUUUAUCGUAUUGUCUUUUCAAAUUCGAAGUGCUGAAUUGUUACAAGUACGAAAACCAUGAAAUGGAAAAAGGGACCAACAGAGUUUCUAUCAGAAAAAACAUUUUUGGUAAUCAAGGACGAUUUGGAUAUUCUGGAAAAAAAGGGGAAACAACGAGGAAAAUCGAAGACCCCGGACACAGGCACCUGGCCACCGAAAAUGAAGCGUGGUGUAUACAACGAUCUCGAGAGACCGAAAACCGCGAAUCUCGAGAAGCCGAGCGUGCUCGAUCCAGAUUUGGUCGACAAAUUAGACAUGUCCGUAUUGAGCAAGGAAUUGCUCAUCCACUCUAUGACGCAGUUUCGCCUGUCAAAAGCAAUCGGUGGUGGGACGUCGUCGUUCCCAUCGUCGUCAAGGUGCCGGCAAAGCGUCACCAUUGCAGAACAACACCAACAACAGAGUCACGCGCCAAACGGUGCGACGUGGUGCAACGGUCCCCUCUCUGUACGCUACAAACGUCGUAGUUUCGAACAGAUUCUGGAUUCGAGGCUCGGUCACGUUGACGCGUUCGUGGAAUCGCCAAGAAUGCAGAAGCAUGCACGGAUCAUUGGCCAGGAAGCCAAUGCGGCGAAGAAAACUUCGGAUAGCAGAAAGUUAGAUGACAAUAAUAAUAGAAGCAAACCGGCCGGCCACAAGGUCCCUUCUCUGUCCAUGUUGAAGAAGAGAAGUUCGAAACCGACGAUACAGAAUGAAUUAGAGAUGUUCACCGCCUCUUCGACGAAGAGCGCACCGGAACCUUGCAAAAGUUGCGGGAAGCCGGAUCAGCCGGAGCGAUUUCAUAGUCACCCGAAAAGCGGUCAGCACAGGACAAAGGAGAGUCCAGCGAGCACCAAGACAAAGGCCACGGUGCCGAAAACCGUUCAGAAACCUGUGGCCUUGCAUUUCCGCAGCGAUAAGAGCAAGAACAAAAGCGAGGAAACAAUCGCCAUUGAGGCAAAGACCAAGUCGGGAAGUCCUCAAGAACGAUCGAGUCCAUCGAACAGACCGGCGUCGGUACCGCUUAAAAAAGGGCCAAGGACCAUCACUUGUUACAUAUGCGGACGCGAAUUUGGUACGGCCAGUUUUCCCAUUCACGAGCCAAGGUGUAUGCAAAAAUGGGAACGGGAGAACAACGCAUUGCCCGCGAAUCAGAGGCGCCCAACUCCUCAGAAACCCGACGUUGCGAUAAAUCAUUCAGAAUGGAAUACUGCAGCUUGGGAAGAAAGUCAGGCGCAGCUGGUACCCUGUCCAAAAUGUGGUAGGACCUUCUUCCCAAAUCGCUUAGCAGUACAUCAGAAAAGCUGCAAGUCAUCAAAGAAUUCUGAACCAGAGAAAUCAGAAAGUCCUGUUGCGGGAAAAUCUGCUAGCACGUUACGAGUCACCCCACCUAUGGUCACCUGUAAAAUCUGCGGCCGAAAUUUUGGCACGAGAAGCAUCGUGAUACACGAACCUCAGUGUAUCAAACGACAGCAAGCAGAGAAAGAAAAGCAAUCGACUAACUUGCACGAAAAUCUAGUCAGCCCAACAGGGGAUAACAGUGUGAAGAGAACGGUCACAUGCUACAUAUGUGGCAGAGAUUUUGGAACCAGUAGUAUAACUAUCCACGAGCCCCAAUGCCUGAAAAAGUGGCACGUGGAGAAUGACAAAUUGCCACCGGAUCAGAGACGGAAAGAACCAGAGAGACCGGAAGCUGUGUAUACUCGUGAUCCAGAAACGGGAAAUAUGGUAAUUGAUAUAGCUGCAAUGGCUGAGGCCAGCUGGAAAUCGCAUUUAAAUCAGUUAGUUCCGUGCAAACGAUGCGGAAGGACGUUUAAUCCUGAUCGCGUGAGCGUCCAUGAACGGAGCUGCAAAGGAACUCGUUAAAUACUGUUAAGAAUUAGAAGAUCACUAUUUUUAAUUGAAUUAUAGUAUUACGGAUUUUAAAAAAGUUUCAGUACUUGAUAAAAAGAACUACAGAAAUAAGUGAUCAUCUAAUCAUUUAAAACUUCGAGCUUAAAUCGUUAUAAACUUAAAUGCACUUAUUUAUAUGUAUACAUAUAUUUCUAGAUAAUAUUUAAGAAGUUUUUACAUGUAUGUUUCAUAAAAUGUAGAAAAUACUUUCUACCUGCGCUAUCUUUUUAUAUUUAAAAAGGUAUAGCAUAGCACAGUACACACAAUUUUAGAAAAAUCAAUAUGAAAAAAUGAUUAUAGAUACAGUAUUUACACUCUUAAGAAAUUAAGUACUUUUAUCAUAUGUAUAUAAAAUAUGAAUGAAUGUACAUUGCACAGAUUCUAACGUUCCUGAGAAUGAAUAUUUUAUUAUAUAAGAAAACGCACAAUCGUUACUAUUAUCCUAAUAAAUAAGUAAUUAUUAUCUUUUGUACACGGAUACCUAUUAUAUGUGUAACAGCAAUAAUACAACAUUUCAUUUAUAAAAUUAAUGCAGUAUUUUGUAAAAGUAAAUCGUUGCUUAAUGGAAAGUAAGAAAAUUUCUAACGAUAAAUGU